UUCUUGGCGCGGGGACCCCGUUGCUAGGAUACGCUAGUACACAACCUGCCGGCCGCUCAGCCGCCGCUUAACAACGGUCGUGGCGGCGUCUACGUUGUUGUGAGUCCCUGGUUUUUAUUAUUAAUAUUUUGUGUUUAAACAAACAAAAAAAACUCCCCGUUUAUUUUCUAACCAUAUAAGUCACUUCAGCUUCACGAGAUGAACAGCGAUGAAGAAGAGACUCAAGAAGGGCCCAAGAGCUCGUUCGCCACGUACCUGGCUGAGGGAGACAAGCUCUUCCAGAAGGGGGACUACACCCGGGCCAUAGAGAGCUACAGCACGGCCCUCGAUAUACAGCCAAAUGACAGGAACUGUCUGGUGGCCCGAUCCAAGUGUUAUCUGAAAAUGGGUGAUGCCCAGUAUGCUCUCCGUGACGCAGAAGCAUCACUAAAGGAUGACAAUCAGUUCUUUAAAGGUCUGUUGUGGAAGGCGGAGGCACUGUAUGUUAUGGGCGACUUUGAAUUUGCACUUGUCUUUUAUCACCGUGGCAACCGGCUGAGACCCGAGCUGGAGGAGUUCCGCCUCGGAAUCCAAAAGGCGCAGGAGGCCAUCGACAACUCCGUCGGAAGUCCUUCUUCAGUAAAGCUUGAAAACAAAGGAGAUUUGUCAUUCUUCUACAAACCAGAGGAGGGCAAGAAGGGCAAGGGACCGACACGAGCAGGCAAGACCCAACAGCAGAAGCAAGCAAGCGAGCGGGAGAACCGGUCACAAAGUAGCAAGACCCAGAGGCAGCUGCUGGGGGAGCUGUACAAUGAUCGUCAAUAUCUGCAGAGGCUCAUGCAGGAUCAGAACUUGAUCAAGGGCAGCGUGGGUGGUGGGAUGCGUGUCGAGGAGCUGAUCCGCGAAGGCCUGGAGUACCUGGACACACGCACUGAUUUCUGGCGGCAGCAGAAACCCAUCUACGCACGUGUGCGCGACCGCAAGCUCAUGCGGCAGAAGUGGAACCGGGGCCGCGAUGGCCUAUCCCCCAGUGACUCCAUGCGCAGUGUCCUGGUCAGCCUGGAGGAAACUGACCAGUUGCUGGCUGAUGGCAAUGCAGAAGGCAGCCUACGCAAGGCACAGCAGACGCUGAAGGUGGUGGAGGGAUGGUCCAGCAAGGAAGCUGCCAGCAAGAUGCAGGUGCUAGGUAACCUGCACAGCAGCAUGGGUAAUGCUCAGCUCGAGCUUGGUCUGAUGGAGGCUGCCCUCUCCAGCCACCAGAAGGACCUCAAGAUCGCAAAGGAGCAUAACCUCGUGGAAUCGAAAUCGAGGGCGCUGGACAACAUUGGGCGUGUGUACGCCCGAUUUGGUAACUUCAAGCAGGCCGUCAAGGCCUGGGAGGAGAAGAUCCCGUUAGUGCAGACCGAGUUGGAACGGGCCUGGCUCUUCCAUGAGAUUGGCCGCUGUCACCUAGAGCUGAGCCACUUCCGAGAGGCGCGAGGACACGGCCAUACGGCCCUGACAGCUGCGCGCGCCUCCGGUGACGACGAGUGGCAGCUCAACGCAUUCGUCCUGGUAGCACAGGCGCAAAUGAAUCUGCGUGAUUACAAGUCUGCAGUCAAGUAUUUUGAAGAUGCAUUGGACAAAGCAACCUUGAUUAAGGAUACUGCUGCUGAAAGAGCCAUUGCAGUGGCUCUUGAGGAAGCAAAGUCCUUGUUGAACAAGCAACCCAAAGAGAGCCCAUCAGAAGAGACAAAAAAACAGUCCAUCAUAGAUGAGGAGGAGGAAGAAGAAGAGAAAAGGGACGCUGAAGACAUGGAGAAGGAAACGGGAGAGAUAACGCGAGGGAAAGGCAAUGCCUUUUUUGGUGGCAAGAAAGGCAGUGACAAGGGAUCGAGCGACAAUGAUGACAAAAACACAGACGAGGAGAGAAACAAAAAGAAGAAAGGCACUAGGAGUGAUGAUUCUGAUGCCGAUGAGUUGCAGAAGCCGAAGAGCGCCAAGGCUAAGCAAGAAGGCAGAGAUAGAGGGAGACAUGACGAUGAUCAUGCGAAAGGUCACAACAAAGAGAAAUGUGGAGCUGGGGCGGGCAGUUCAUCUGAAGACGAGACAGUGAAAGAAAGUGGCAGAAGUUAGGAUAAACAGAAGGAUGAUAUGAUGAUGACGUGUAGAGACUUCCUUUAUUUAUCCAGGCAUUAAACAUUGGUAUCUAGAGUCCUGGGCCUGUACAGGAAAUGUCAAAUUUUAUUUAGUGACUGGUACAAAGAUUUUAAGCAAGACCUACUUGUUCUUGGCAGUGCCUUAUUUUAUGAAAAAAACUUGUGUAACACAUCCGUUCAUUGUUAGUUAGUGACACUAAGGUAAUACUAUUAUUCUAGCCCCGGAUGGAUGUUCUCUAUAAAUAAAAUAGUGGUGUAAUUACUAUACAGCACAGGAGUGUAACACCGAAAAAGGAAUUGCCCCCGUUGUGUUUUUUUGCGUGCUAAAAUUUAACCGCAUAGUAUAUUGCAAAGUCACUUGAAAUGUGCAAUGGCGAACGCAUCAAGUUUGAAUAAAGUACACGAAUUGUAAGCACGUACAAAUAAGUAAAUAAACACAAAGUACUGUAUACUG